AUGACGGACCGUCAUGGUAUCCCCUACGAGUAUCCUGCCUACACCGGAGGCCAUCAUCCUCCUCCUCCUAGGUCUCCCCCCUUCACCAACCCGGCUAGGUCGUCCAUGCCGUCGAGCAUAGGCUACUCCUCCAUGUAUGCCGGCGACAUGCAUGUGCUGCCAUCGUCCGCCGUCAGGUACCCGUCCGCCGCUCCGCCCAGAGCAAGUCACGCCACCCUGCCGCCUUCUUCGUCGGCUGCUCCCAGCGGCGGCGGCGGCGGCGGCGGUGCCCCCGUCUCGACCUCGACGCGCACCUACACCCUUGGCCAUGACCCGAGGGGCCACCCGUCCGUCGCCGCCCGGGAUGUCUCCAGGUCUCGCCGCUCGACCGUAGACUCCGCCGCCAGACCGCCCCCCGUCAUCGUCACCACCACGCGUCCGUCCCAUACGUCGUCGUCCAACCGCAGCCCCGUCCGCGGGACCCCUCGUGCCAGCGACGGUCACGUCUACACCCAGCCGGCGGCCUCGUCUGCUGCGCACCCCCGCGGCCCCGCGCCCUCCCACGGCGGCCAUCACCACCACCACCGCCACCACACUGACGAUGAUGAUUACGUCCGGUCCAGGGACCGCGAGCGCGAGCUCGAGAGGGAGCGUGAGCGCACCGACGCCGCCAUCGCUGCGCGUGACGCAGACGCAUACCGCAGCGCCCGCCCUUCGGUCAUCUACACCAACGACCCGCGCCACAGCAGCAGCAGCAGCGCCGGCGGCGGCGGCGGCGGUGUCGCGAACAACAGUGGCGCUCCGACCGGCGGCGGUGCCACCACGACCAUCAACUAUGGAGAUGACGGGUACCACUACACCAACGCCGGCGAGAUGGCGCGGUACGACCUCGACCACCCUGGACCGAGACAGAAUCGUCACCGUCGCACCGAAAGCCUCGAUCAGGGUUACUACCGCCCCAACGUCAGCUACAAUACCAACCAGCGCAGCAUCAACGUCAACACGUCCGACGACGUGAGCCGCAACUAUGCCAUGAACACCAGCCGCAUAUACAACGGCGGUGCCCGUGGGGGCCCACCGCCAUCCACCCGCGGCUUCGACCGCAUCAACCGGACCUUUGGCGCCCCGGUUGCCUCGGGUACCCCGGGUCCCUCGGCAUCGUCCCCUGCAUUGCGCGACGUGCCGCCCGCCGCCCCUGUGCCACCCUCCCCGGCCAUGGCCGCCCAGACCCAGAGAGGGGAGCGUGACGCUGGCCCCCCUCCAGCCGAGGCCCGUCGCGGCCGUCCUGUUUCCCUCUACCAGAUUUCUGCUCCCCGCUCGUCCCACCACGAGGACUUUCACCGCAGCCGCGAGGACGAGCGUGUGAUGAGGGAGUCGCGCGACCGCAACAUCCGGGAGCCUGGUGAGAGCCCCACUCGGUUCCGCGACGACAACGUCACCGCCCGCGGUUUCGGCAUCCGGGCAUCCCCUCCAGAGCACGAGCUGUCUCCUGAGCAGCUGCGUGAACAUCGCUCGGAGGGAGGCCGGGAGCGCAGGGGAAGCAGAGCUGGCAGCGACCCGGAGUCCUCGCGCAUGCGUGACAAGGUGGCCCGCGGCGUCGGCGUCGCCGCCGCCGCCAUGGGUCUCUCCCCGAACGUGGCUGUCGUCGAUGGCGACGAAAGUGACAGGGGCAAAGGCAGCAGCUCGGGACGAGGCAAGAGCUCGCCCAAGGAAGACGGCCCCAAGCCCAAGGCGAGCAAUGGCCGGCCAAAGACUGCCAGCAAGGAUCGACGCCCUGCAGAGUCCGAGAGGGACCUGGACCGCGACCGGGAAGCCGGCGGUUCGAGCAUCAGGGUCGAGUCCGGCAAGGACCGCGGCGCUGAAAAGCCAGGCAGCCUCGAUACCAGGGGGGCUUCCGGCUCGGACACUGAACGAGGCACGCAAGGUGCGCGACGCGGUAACGGUAAACGCCCACCGGGCACCUUCAACCCGAACGACGCUUCGGACAUCACCAUGCUCCGAGAGCAGCUUGCCAGCAUGAAGACGGACGGCAGCAGGGAACCAGAAAGGACGGCGGUAGCGACGUCGGCCAUGCCGGGAGGUUACGAGUCUGAUGCGUCGACGACGAUGGCGACCCCUUCGUCGCGCUCCGCGUCUCCCCCGAGAAGCCGGAGGCGCAGGAGGUACUCUGACGACCAGAGCGAGGACGACGAGAACUCCUCCUCCUCCUCCUCCUCGUCGUGGCGGGGCCGCGACGUGGCCCUUGUCAAGCCAGAGAGGACGGUGCGCGUGGUGUCGCCCCCUCGCGAGAAGAAGGACGAGAAGCCGCUGAAGGGCAUCCUGAAGCCGCCCAAGCCCAGCUUCCCGGAGGAGGACAGCUACCCGCGCGAGGGCGUGGCGCCGCACAAGGAGGACAAGAAGGCCAAGGAAGUGCCGCCGGGGGCGAGGUGGACCAAGAUUGGCCGCAAGUUCGUCAACCCCGAGGCCUUGACGAUUGGCAAGGAGAGGUUUGAGGUCAGGGACGACUCGGUCAUUGUGCUCAGGGUGUUGAGCAAGGAUGAGAUUCAGGCGUAUGCCACGGCUACGCAGAAGCUCAGGGAGCGUCGGAAAGGCCGUGAUCGUGAUCGUGAUCACGAUGAUGACGAUCGCGAAAAGGACCGUGCCAGACGCAGCAGUCGACGCAAGGUGAAAGAGUAUGACGACGAUUACGACCACGACGACCACGAUGAUUAUUACGACCUUGAGUAUGAACGUGAACGGCGACCUGCAUGGAAUUGA